AUGGUGGCUGAAUGGCUUAAUGGGACUGUAUUCAUAGAAUAUCUGUGGCCAGAGGCAGAGAAGUGGCUGCUGGUGGCCAUGCUGGGACUGGAGAUGACCAUGGGGGUUGUGGGAAACUGUCUUGUUCUGUUGGUCAAAAUCACGUGCAGGGGUCAGUUCGGCUGCCGUUACUGGCUUCCUUUCAUCAGUCUUACGUUGUCAGAUUUAGCUUUUAAUGAACCACUGUGUUGUGAAGGCUGCUCCCUUCUUAUCAUCUCCGGCUCCCUGCUUGCCAUGCUGACAGGAGGUCAGAGGUCGCCGUGGUGUGAGGUCGUCAGCCUGCUGAAGUUUGCCUUUAUCACAUCGUCCAUAGGGAGCAUAGCUAUCCUCUGUGUGCAGCGGCUGAUCGGCAGGGCCUCCACUGGAGGGGCUCUCUUUGCUGUCAUGGUGGCUGCGUGCUCAGCCUCGUGGGUGACGGGGGUUGUGUUUGGGAGUGUCCCGGUCACCUACGCCUGGAUCAGGUACGACAGUGCCGAGAUGCUGUGCGCUGUCUUCUGGGAGAGCAGCUACUCGGACAUGUUGGUCUACAUCCUCUGUGCUUUCUCCGUCUGUAUCUUCCUCCCCUUUCUCCUCAUCAUCGCCUGCUCCCUGCUGAGCGCUGCAGGCUGUGGCUCAAGCUGCAACAGUGAUGAUGAAGCAGACCUGUCUGCAGUCACUCCUCUGCUGGUGGCCUCCUACAUGUUCUGCUACACUCCCUUUGCUGUGUCCGAGCUGAUCCUGCUGGGUAGGCUGGACCUGUCGCCGGCACCCGAUUGGCUAAGGACAUUGUCAUCAGUGAUGUCCUACCUGGACUGUGGCCUGAAUCCUCUCAUCUACUGCUCCCACCAGGACUUCAGGGAGGCCGGCCUGGCCCUGUUGUGGACCAGUAGGAAACCACAGUCUGAGCCUGUCCUCACCGCUAUUGUUAAACGCGAGCUGUGAGGGUGUCUACAUUUAAAGAGGAGAAACCAACAAUGAUGCAUUUAAUAAACAUGUAUUUCUUAUCCUUUCAAUAUAUUAAAAUAUCAAGUCAUUUAGCUUCUGUUUAAUGUGUUAAAAGAAAAUAAAUAUACAUUCUUUUUGUGCAUGA